CGCAAAUAGUCUGAGUAAAUUUGUUUCACCAUUUGAAUAACAGCACAGUGCAAAGCACAGCUUUCCAUUUGUUUUGUUUCUGUAUCCUUCAACUUCUUUUAAAUGGAGUCUGUUAAGAGCUGUUCGGGACUUUUUUUGAGAGCACAUUGUGACCAUAGAAAUACUAUUGCGGUUCCGCCUUCAACUAGCUAGCUAGCUACUGACUUGUAAAGUGAGUUAGCAGCGAAGCUGUUAGCUAAUGUCAGCAGUUACGUACACUACCAGAGCCGAAGACAUCUUCAACAAGCUGUCUGGAGUUAUUGUUCAACACAGAGGCUUUCGAGUGGAGCAUCAAGUGCUGACGGGGCUGUUUUGGAGACUACAGUGGGGGGUCCAGACUGGAGAAGAAAGAGAGGCUGAGCAGGAAGCAUGUCCACUGUCAAUGAGCCCACGUUCACAGUCAAGCUGCUGCAGCUGCUGCUGCUCUCCACCUACUGGGGAAUGCAGAUUUGGGUCACCUUCAUUUCAAGCUUUGUAAUGGACAACCACCUGAACAGACACACUUAUGGGUUUAUCCAAAGUCGCCUUGUCCCAUUCUACCUCCACUUGGGUUCAGCUUGUGCCUUCUUUAACCUCACUAUCUACGCUGUGUAUCAUCCCAGCGACACGCUGAACGACAGAGAAUCCUUUCAGAUCUUCAUCUUCUUUGUGUCGGUGACAGUCGCGGCUAUCAACGCUCAGUGGUUUGGCCAAAUGACAUCCGAGAUCAUGGCGGACAUGCACCUUAUCGAGCAGGCGUGCGGAUUGGGUCAGGAUAUCGGCCUUUCGUCGAACCGCGAAGCUUACGCCAAGCUGCGUGAGACGGACGUCAAAUACAGACACCUCAGCAGUCGCCUGUGGCUGUACAGACUGCUGUCCUCCCUCUGUAACCUCUGCUGCUUAGGCUGCAACUUCUACAGCCUCUGUUACAUCGCUGAGAACCUCAACACACUUUGAACAGUUGUCAGUCCCACACACUCACUUUUAAAUCUAAAUGGACUGUAUAUUUUUGUACAAAACCAGUAAGUCAUAUAUUUAAUACAUUAUUUUUUGUCUCUCUGCCGUGAGAUGCAAAGUCAGGUGGGCCUUGUUGUUCUCGUGCUUUGGGAAUUAAUUGCCGUGCUAAGAUUCUGGCCCUCGAUUUGUGUUGCUUUUGAAACAAACCGGGCCACGAAAGCUGCAUUUCCCUCCUUAAGGUUGUAGGGGGACAACCCAGUUUCUGGAAUGAGCAAUGCUUCACCUUUCACCUACUGUGGCUGACGCUGGUGGCAGCCUUGAUACUUUCCCUUCACUAUUACGAUUUAGUACCUUUCAGGAACCUAAAAAAAAGCAUUACAACAUUAGAGAUGUUUUGUAAUUGCAGAAUCAGAGAAAUUAUAACAGAAUAGCCACAUUUUUCCCAUCUUUUUUAUGCGUAAGCAAAAGAAAAACCUCAAGAUGUGGUCCCGUGCUGCUCAGUCCUGCUCUUCCUGUUUGGGAGUAGUGUAAAUACUUUGUUCACAGUGUGGUGUCACAGGUUUGUCCUGCUUAACUUUAUGUUAACUUAAGCAAAGUAAACUGUUGUUCUCUCUUAAGCUCUCCUGGCUGCUUCUUUUCCUAUAUGGUAAAGAAUCAAUUCGGCUUUUAGCCUUUUCAACACUUGCACCGGUGGUUUGUUUAUUGGUACAUUGGAAUUAUAAUGAAUUGGUGUUCAUAAACAGUUCCAGUGCAUUGCCCUGUUAUUUUGUAGAUGCUAAGAUUGGUUGCACAGCAGGUUGGUCUAGGUGUGAAAAAGAAGGGUACGGUAGAAAGUAUUGUUUAGACUUGCUGAGAUGACGUGGGUCUAUUACGACAAUAGUACGGAGUACCUAGAAAAUUGCGGUGGGAACAACUUUUCUAAACUAAUUAUGUGUUCCUGUGUAUUAACUUUUGCGUUACGUCUCACAUUGCCAGACCUGUCGUCACAGCGUGAGAAUGGUCUUGCUGCAUGAGUUAAAGGAGAAUUCCGGUCAAUUCCAAUACGUAGCUCUGUUGUUUGUAAAUGUGGAGGUCUGUCAGUAGAGAGAAAAACUACCCAAUCAGUGCUGCCUACACCGUGUUAUCCUCCUGCUAAAGUGAGCACGGCUGAAACUGGGCAAGUUUUAAAAAUGUUUUUAGCCUCUAAACAUGUUCAAAAUGUCAUUAAAAGUGCCGCCCCAUUUGCAGUGAUUCCUUCUGAGUGAACACAGUGAAUCUAACUGCUAUAGAUAUGAAAUAAAUGCAUGAAAGUUGGGCAAAUUCAGCUGUGUUCAGUUCCCAUGUCGAGACCAGUUAGAGAGCUUACACAGCUGAAUUAGCACAACUGUCAUGCAUUUUUUUUUCUUUCUUUCAUCUCUUAACAGUCAGAUUCACUGUGUUCUCUCAGAAGGAAUCCCUUCACAUGGGGAGGCACUUUUAAGGAUAUUUUGAACAUGUUUAGAGGCUAAAAACACAUUUAUAACUCUCCCUGUUUAAGCCUGUUGGGGGCUAACUGUAGCAAGAGGAUAAAACGGUGUAGCCAGCACUGAUUGGAUUGUCUGUCUUUCUUUAAAAAAAAAAUCACAGCCAUGUUGAGUGGUGCUGAGACCCAAAUGCAUUCACGGUGCUCUUGCAAAAUGGCUAUAGAUAUAAAAUAGAGUUAAGCGGAGGAAGAUGCCUGGCCUUGUAACCUUACAGUGUGCCUCAACUGAAAAUGACAUUAUAUAUAAAAUAUAUAUUUUUUAAGAUUUUACAAAGCUGUUGGGGUUUAGCUUGACUUUCUCACAUGUUUUGCUCUGUUCUCUAAUACCUCCAUGCACUGUAUGUAAGUCAUUAUGUGUUCAAGCCGCUGUGGGGGAAUUUUAUGCAGCCAUGAUUGGAAAUGAAGCCAUAUAAUGUUUGAGUUGUACUCGCACUAGAGUUGUGCUCUGUGCAGUACUCUUUGCAGGUGUUUGUUUUUGUUUUUUUGUCGUAUGAAUAUCUUUGCGUUGUUUGUUUUGUGUGCAGAGAGGAUCUGUGGUGUGGUCAACAAACCUCUCCAUGCUAAUGAUCACCUCUCCUUUUUAACUGGUCCUAGAUAACCUAAGUAGCUUCUCAGGUGAAACUCUUCUAUCCAUAUGUUUCUUCUUAUUUUGGCCUGUAAAACAUGUCUGUUAAACCAAAGCAAAAAAUGCCAUUAACAUCAACUACCGGCGUGUAAUCAGGACAAAAGCAGCAGAGUAGAAAUUCUGAAAAAAAUCUUCUUUUUGUCCAGACCUAACUGAUAAAAGUGGCUCUUUACAAAUAUAUUGCACUAUUACCUGGUUUUAAAUUGCAUACAUUUGUUUGUAUCGUUUUGCUCGUUGGCUCGGCUGAUUUAAAUUAAAAAUGUCAAUGCAAAUUCUUGUUUUGUUCAUAAGCAAAUAAAGUGUACAGUUGAAUUUUAGAAGACCACUUUACAUUAUUUGUGGAUGUUUCUGUCGGUUUUUCAAUGUUUGCGAUACUGUGUUAUAAUU